AUGAAUUAUUAUGAAUACAGUGUAAGUAUUCCUAAUUUGAACGAAUUAGGUUAUUUGAAAGUUAUCGCAAAUUUCAAGGAUAAACAUGAUCGUUCUGCCCCUUCAAAUUUUCACUGGAAAGUACUUAAAUGCAGAAUGAUAAUUUUCUCUCAUUCAUCUGUAUUAUCUUGCCCGGACAAAAGUGAUAUUAAAGAGGUUCACAUAGUAUUUAAAAACGAAGGGCCCGAUUACAAUGAACUCACUUCUUUACUGUUAAAAUUUUCUUUAACUCCAAAUGGACCCAUAAGAAAAGUCACAGCAGAAAUAUAUUCAAUGUGUUUCUGCUAUACAAUGUCUGCUAAACUUGCACCUAGUUGGAAUGUAUUGGGAUAUAAUUAUUAUAUAAAUAACAGAGAUUUUUUAACAGCUUCAGGUCCUCAGGAUGGCAUUAAAUGCUUGUCUUCAGUUGACGAUAACAAUAUUACACUAAAACUGAAACCGGUAAAAGUUCAUUUUAUUAGGUCAAGAGAUAAGCUUAACCCAGGAGAAUGUGUGAGAGUUUUCCCAAGUUUGAACAAAGCCGUUAUUGAGGAAUAUCAAGAAAAUUUGCCAAAAGGUGACUUUAAGUGCUACAAGGAUUUACGUCGUCAUUGGAAAAAUAUUCAUGGUUAUCGUCUACCUGAAGAAGAACCGAAAUACUAUUUAGUUAGGUUUUGGCGCGGAGAACCUUUGACAUAUCCUGACAUCUGUUUAACUACAAACUAUCCCAAUAUUAUUCCAAUCCCUAAAAAUGUUGAGAAAUUAGUCUUAUCGCGGUUCAUCAAUUGCCUAAAAAGUAAAAUGCCUGCUGUGUUCGGAUACCCAUUAAUAAUUAAAGGAAUGUGUUCCGAAAACAAUUAUGAUAAUAAAAAUAUUGAAAACAUUGUUGAGACCCAAGUUGUGAGUCUAUGCACGCCCACACAGAAAACAAAUAAAUAGACAAUAAUAAGAAUUACAAUUUAU